ACUAUUACGACGAGGACGACUAAACAUCUAUUAGUGGUUCUUUUUUAUUUGUUUGAAAAUGUGUUGAAAUGGAGAAAGUCAACGAAAGUAGGACAGACAAUGACUCAGACGACGACUCAUUGGCGAUAGACAGCGACGAGGACCAGGUAGACGAUUCUACUGAAGAAAAUGUGAUGACAGAAAACCAUCGCUUAUGGUCUGGGAUUUCUGCACGUAAGGAGCAUGCUCACCCCAGUAGCUCUGGCAUCGGUAACUAUUCCGAUUAUGGAGGGCCGGAUACGGAAGACGACCUUGGCAUCAACAUGGAAAACCGGAAUACCCAACGUAAGACUGACACGGACAUUCGGAUUUUGAUAGCCUAUCUCAGAUCUCUCAACGAUUCCCGACCGCCGGAGACGAUUCCUCCCCUGGAACUUGACAGGUAUCUAUCUAACUUCUUCACUAUCGUCAAAAAACACGACGGGAAUGAGUACGAGCCGGCCAGUCUGAGGGGCAUGCUUUGUAGCGUGGAGCGGUAUCUGAAGAUGAAGAGCUACCAGGCCUCUGUUACCCGCGAUGUGGUUUUCGUAAACACACGACACGCGCUCAAAUACAAGCAACAGAGGUUACGAGAGCUUGGUAAGGGCAGCAAAAAACCCAAUGAACCCUUUGGCAAAGUGACUUUGGACAAGGUCAACCAAUUGUUUACCGCACGGGAGAUGGGACCAUACACACCAAUGUCUAUCAUUAACAGUAUGUGUUUCAUGUUCAUCGUCCACUUCCGUUUGCGAAAGGCGAUAGACCACAAGAACCUAGUCUGGGGCGAUAUUAAACUUCGGGCGGACCAGAGCGGGAAGGAAUAUAUUCUAUAUGAGCCUAUCCUUAGCCGUGGUCAGAUCGAUGGCGCCACCUCCUCUUCAAACACACAAGCAACUACCGCAAACACCACCAACACCACAUCUGCCAAGCCCGAGCAAUGUCGUUCAUCGUACACGAAGCUUUGUAUAUGGGCUCAACCAGAGGUACCCGAGCGAGAUCCAGUCGGAAUAUACAAACUCUACAGCCAAAAACGACCUCCAAAUAUGCAGCACGAAAACUCGCCAUUUUAUCUUGGUAUAACAACUCUCCAUCCGUCCCCCGUGCAGGCAUGGUAUCGGACAUGCGCUAUGGGCGUUAACAAACUCAGUGAUCUUGUCCGCAUGAUCCGCGACAUCACGGGCCUCCCCCGUGCCGCGCUCAACCCCCCGGCCGAGUCCUUACUGUCCGAGAGCUACACGACCCACUUACCCUCCUCAUCCGGAUCUCCCACAUCGCACAACACACUGACUUACAUAUCACAGUCACCGGAAGCUGACCGAAACAUUAACGCGUUUGUGUCUUUUUCCCAUUCUGCUAGAGAAUCACUCAAAACUGAAAGUGAGAAAAGCACGCCAUUGUUUAAUUCAAGUUUAAACAGAAUCAAGGAGGAGCCAGGAUAUGUUGAAAAAUGUCCAAACGCUACCCUACCCGACAGCUGGUCCCGGGAGGAAGAAGAUGAUGACUUGAAGAUACAGCGGUUACAGCUUCCUGUCUCACAGUCCAAAACAUUCUCCCGGAGUAUCUCUAUUAGUAGUGACACGCGGUCUCGAUCUCCCAUGGAUAUUCCCCAGCCUACCCUCAACAUCAAUUCACAGGGUAAUCCUGCUACGUUGAGCGUCUCCGUAAUGGCGGCAGUCCAAGACGCCAAGUUCAAAUUCCGGGAAAUGUUGAAAACACUUGAUCCCGGAAGUUUGGCAGGAUUUGGAGCUUGGCUGAAGCGGAUCCAGAUAUACCAGGACUCAAGCACAGGUGAAAUCCAGUGUGAAGAAUCAACAUCUAAAGACGGAGAUGUUUCCAAUAAACACAAAAUUGAUGACGUCACACCGAUGGACCUUACUACGACCAGCAUCACACUGAACAUCACAUUGUCGCCAGGCGCCAUGUCGGGUGACGGUCCAAUCACAGUCACCGCCUCCACAGCCCCCAAGAAAGGCUCGUCGGUCGCGGAGCCAUCUCAGAAGUGUACAGCUAUAAAGAAGAAUGUGGAAGAACCCAUUGACAGUACACCUACAGAUCGUCUAACUAGUCAAACCAACAAAGCGGCAAAUCCGACCGAGACUAACGCGUCAUCAACUCAAGGAGAUAAACCAUCAUGGCCGUGUCCAUCAAAUAAACGGAAACGUUAUGCUUCAAGUGAUUCGAUACAUGGACCAUCCUGCAAGUUAAACAAGCCAUGCCAAAGUAUCACGUUAGUUAAUAGUCAGGGGGAUGGCAGCCGAGAGGUCAACGAAAGAACUGGAACCCAAAUACACAGCCACCAACCAAAGAACUACCAAACCAACAGCAACCAUAUUGUCGGUAACCAUGCAUAUCAAACAAACGGCGAUCUGCACGCGAGGAGUAGCAACCCGGUGAACACACCAGUCGACCCAGAAAUUCAGAGAAGUUCCCCAGCGGCGUCAUCACAAUCAUUCUCUGGUGCCGUACAGGCCGCCUCCACGACAAUAGCGAGGGGUAGGGCGGAGGACACCCUGACUGUGUUCCAGCCAGGUCUGGCCGCGGCAGGCAUAUCAGUAACCGUCGCCGGGGGCGCUCAAAUGCCGACGCCAUCCAUCCCACAGGCGCAUACGUCCCUCGCUCAGCGCCUGGGCUGUAACCCAACUGCGAGGGAUCUCAGUAUGUUUAUCCCCAUGCCUCUCCCCUACCCUGGACAAAUACCACCAAUCAUGACAAACCGGAUGAUGCACAACCCCGCCAUGUUGGCUUCUUUUGCAAACUCGCACAUACCAGUUUCCGCGCAUGCGGGGUACCUCUCACACCAGAGUGUAUACAACUCGCUGAACAGAGGAGAUAGUACAGGUACAAAUACCUCCACAACCAGUACGGACUCAAUCAAUUAAUGUUGUCUCUCAGGAUUCAGUCAAUAAGUGGACCAGUUUUUAAUGGCAGAUCUGUGGAUGGUUUACAUUAACUGCCAGCUGUGUCGAGCAUUUCUAUGUUUCCCAAAUUAAGCCAAUCAAUUUUUUUUAUUUAAAUGCACGUUAAUUCUUAUCGAUGCAUGGUAAAUUUAAUCAAAGUACAGUAAAACGAACGACACAUUUGUAUGUGUUAUCGUUAUUAACGCUUUCCAUGUACAAAAGUAAAGCUACAAUAAAUGCUACUGUUUUUGAAUCAAAGGAUAGAUGUUGUAAAUAAUUUUAACCGGACUAUAGUUUCAGGAGUUAAGUCAUUGCAUCACAUGACACGUCACAUGGACCGAGCCAAUGGGUAGAGCUACAUGUAGUAUUUUACCUUUACUCCCCAGUUCUUACUGUCACUGCCGACGAUAGCGUUUUUUCGGAACUUGUGGUUUGAAAUGCCAGAUAAUUUUCUUUUUAGGAUCUUGUAAGUAAUAAGUUAAGUUUCAUGUGGCGUAGGAUAUGCGCCAAUAUCGAAUGUAGGUCACCGUGACCUGUAUUUUACUCAUCACUGACUUUGGUCAAACUUUGCAUUUAACUUUGCGUUAAGCUUCAUUUUUAUUAAAGCAGG